AUGAAAUCAAGGUUACUACCAAGUGGAGCUAAGUGGGCAAAUCAUUGUUGUAAAAAUUUUUUACGAGUCAAAAGUCAGAAUAUGUUGCUGAUAGUAGGAAUUUUGUUGCUCGGACUAAUAAUACCCACAGGGCAAGCGUGGCAAUUAAACUUGAUCGCUAAUUCUAUCAAAUUACAUCUCGAUGAUGUAAUCCAAGUCCCAUUUGAAUUGGUAAUUCCCACGAAUGUUAAUAGCACGAGUCUGGAAUUUGUUGUCGAAAACACGGAUCCGACUGUUGCGAGUGUUGCUAAUCCGUGGGUCAAACCUGAAUUUUUACCUGUUGAUGGAGAACAUUAUAAUGGGACCCUUAAUGUAACGGGUGUCUUUCUCGGCAAGACUAAAAUCCUCCUCAAAGUUAUUGACCGUGGAAUAGUUCAUGAGCUAGAAAAAUUAGAAUUAAUUGUUAUACGUCCUGAACGUGUUAUAGAUAGAUUAUUUACUGGGAGUGUUAUAGCUCUCGUAUGUAUAUUGUAUAUUAAUUUUGGAUGUGCUAUGGACUGGGAAGUAUGUCGAGAGACAAUAAAAAGACCUAUCGGUCCAAUAAUUGGAUCAAUAUGUCAGUUUAUUUUAAUGCCACUGCUGGCAUUUGGUAUUGGACAUGUAUUAUUCCCCAACAAACCAGAAAUGCAAUUGGGAGUAUUUUUCACGGGGAUCAGCCCUAGCGGUGGAGCAUCGAAUAUUUGGACUUUGCUUUUAGGUGGAAAUCUUCCACUUUCUAUCAGCAUGACAACUGUAUCAACUUUAGCUUCCUUCGGUACGAUGCCUUUAUGGAUAUUUACACUGGGUAAAUACAUUUUUGACAGGGGAAAUAUCAAGAUACCUUAUAGCAGAGUAGCCACUUCAGCUAUCGGUUUAGUAGUUCCCCUGGCAAUUGGAUUUAUAAUUCAACGCAAAUGCCCUAAAGUCUGUAAAUUAAUGGUCAGGAUAAUGAAACCGUUCUCCGUUGUUUUAAUUUUAUUUAUUGUAAUUUUUGCAAUCGUCACAAAUUUGUAUUUAUUCCAACUAUUUUCUUGGCAGAUAAUACUCGCAGGAAUGGGUUUACCCUGGUUAGGAUUUCUUUGCGGUUUGAUUAUGAUGCUGGUUUUCCGUCAACCGCAGUCUGAUGUUCGCGCUAUUGCCAUUGAAACAGGAAUUCAGAAUACUGGAAUCGCUAUUUUCCUUCUUAAAUCGGGUAUUGAACAGCCAACUGCUGACCUUACAACUGUGAUUCCUGUAUCAUGUGCGAUAAUGACACCGAUCCCAUUGAUAAUCUUGUGGCUGAUAAAAAUAAUAUACGACCGUAGGAAAGAUAGACAUGAAAAAUCGUCAAACAAACUUCAACCCGAUGGAAUGCCUAUUGUUAUAUCAAACUUAUCGGCAAUACAAUCUGCAUAA